AUGCGAUUGGUAAUAUCCGCAGCACUGCUGCUAGUGCUGUCGACGGUGGCCGUCAGCGGCGCAGAUGAGUGGGGUUGGUUGCCACUGGAGGAUGGGCUGCAGGGUGCGGAAAAGGUGCGUGAGAAGCGCCAGGAUGAGGGAGUCCUUCCCGCUUCGCAGCAAAACGUGACGGAGGUUGGCGACGAGGACAUACUGAACUUCAUUCUGGAAGGCGGCCGCCAGGGCCGUAGCCUCGAAGGGUUCGACGAGGUGUACAGCGAUCCGUCUGUUCAAGAGGCCAUCCAGAAUGCGGACGACUCGCAGGCACGGAACGUCAUCAAGGAGAAGCUCUGCGAACUUGGCCUGAUGCAGUGCGAGUCGGUUCAGGGCAAGCGCCCAUACUAUCCAAUCUACGCCCAACAGCAACCACCCCGUCCGAGACCCCCAGUCCGUGGACCUCCUCCGCCACUGCCCCCGCAGCAGUACCCACAGCAGUACCCACAGCGUCCUCCACUGCCACCUCCGCAGCAAGGUGGUCUGCCCCCGAAACCGCAACAUCAGGGUCCCUAUGGACCGCCUCAGCCGAUGCCCGUCCCUAACCAGGCGCAACACAAGGUUGGCUUCGCUGCACCCCAGCAGCGACCACCAUUCGGGGGACCUCCGAACUCGUUCGCUGGCCCCAGCUACGCCUCGGCCUAUCCGUCGAAGCCGCUCGGUCCGAUCUACGAAACCGAUUCGCCACCCUUCGAGUUCGAGCACAUCGGAGCGGGUGAGAAGGUGUACGAGAGUCACCAGUUCUCCAAGCCUGGCAUCGUCAUCAACGAGGGACCACUGGUGAAACCGGUUGAGCAGCACAUUCACCACCAUUACCACCAUAUCGAUGGCGCCGCCGACUCGAAGACGGUCGUCGUGAACAAUCCCGUUCCGGUGGCCGCUUCGGUUCUGAGUGGAUCAGCCGUUGUCGGAGGAUCAAGUGGUUCCAGUGGUGGCGUCUAUUCUGCUGGCGGUGUCUACGGCACAACGUCCGGCAUUUCCAGUGGCAACGGAUUCUCUCCCCUUUCCGGGGUGGACUUUGACUACAAGGAGCUGAAGGGUGUCAACAGUAACAACGGUUUCGGUCAAUCACCGGUGUACGCGUCUCAGACGAAGCCGGUCUUUGAAGGACCUUCUGGAACCUCGUUUAGCCAGGGUGGCGGUAGUCAGAGCCUAUACAACCAGGCACCGGCACAGUUCUCCAGCAACUCGCUGUACAGUGGAGAAUCUACUGGUUCGGCUUACCAGGGUGUCAACAGUGGCGGAUUCCACUCGUCCAACCCAGCGCUGUACAAGAAGGAACUGAACGUUAAGGGUCCGGCGGCAUCGAACGGAUUGGGAACUUUCGCCGGCAACAACUACAGCAAGUACAGCAGCCAGUACAACAAUGGCCAGUACGCGUCAAACGGAGGACAGUUUGGAUCGAAUGGAGGUCAGUUUGGAUCGAAUGGAGGUCAGUUCGGUUCGAAUGGUGGUCAGUUCGGAUCGAAUGGAGGUCAGUUCGGCUCCAACGCUGGUGGCCAGUAUAGCCAGUUCGCCAACAACGGCAUCGAAGACUGCGUGUGCGUCCCGUACGAUCAAUGUCCGGCGCAGGAUGUGAUCGGUCGCAAAGACGAUUUGAUUCUUCCGCUCGAUCCCCGUAACUUGAAGACCGAUAUCGAGGCUGCCACCGCCGAUGAGGUGGUCAUUACCGAUGGCAAUGGCACGAUGACGGUGGUUCGUGUACCGAAAAAUGCCACGACCGACUCGUCCAGCACAGCGACCAAGAAGAUCAGCAAGCGUGAGGCCGCUGCCGAGAGCAAAUCGAGCGACAACGCCAAGGACAAGGCUAACAUCGAACCGCGUCUGCUGGGAGGUGGUGGUGGUGGUGGUGGGGACAAGAAGGUGGUCCCCACCUUUGGCGUGUCGUUCGGUUUGCCGUACCCCUCCGGCUACCCGCUCAACCCGUACGGGCCCCAUCCGGCACCGAAUCCGUACUUCGGUUCGAUCGGUGCGAACGGUCUGAAUCUCGGGCUGCUGAACGUUAACCCGCUCGUGUCGCUGCAAGUGACCAAGGACGAGUAUGGGGACAAGGUACUGAAACCGCUCGUGAACCUACACGUCACUCCAACGGAGAACAUUGUGCACAAGAUCGGCGGUCUGCUGGCCGCGAAGAAGCAAAACAUAUUCCACGUGUUCAACCAGCACGAACAUUACCAUGCGCACCAUGGAUACCCACGGCCUCCACCGAUAUAUCAUCCGCACCACGUGCAUGGGCCACCACCGCCGCCAUACAUCGAUGGUCCGAUUUUGUCCCGCCCGCCCCCGUUCGGUCCCCACCACGGUCAUGGUGGACCGGAGCUUAUUUACACCAAGCCUCCGGGACCGGUUUACGGUGGAGGAGCUGGCUUUAAUGGGCCACCACCGUUCGUCGGUGGUCCGGGACCAUUCGUUCCGCCCGGCGGACCUGGAGCUUUCGGACCCCCUCCGUUCGGUGGGGUCGGACCACGGCCACCGUUCUUCCGCGAUGCUUCCUCGGUCGCACCGGAAUACGAUGGCGUGGAGCUGGGCCGCAGCACCAAUGUGACGUUCCAGGGUGAAAGCAACGCGUACCGUCCGGCUGGGAACUUCAAGUACCAGUCCGUCUAUCCGCAGAACGCACCGAACGAUAUCAAUCAGAACAGGGCGCAGUACGGUCGGCAGUACCAGAACUAUCAGAACGUUGCGCAGGAUGUGGCAAGUAACGGCGGUUUUUCAACUCCCACGCAGAACGUACCCACGCCCGCUCCGGGAUAUGCCGAGGGAAGUCCCAUGGUUAGCUUCCCGAACAGUCGACGUCGUCGUGCGACUGACGUUAGCGUACCGGAGUCGCUGGAAACGAGCGAAUCGGCUAGCGCCCUCAAAGAGGUCCAAGAAACGGACGCUGGCGGGGCGGCCUCGGUGCAGGAAAAGUCUUUCUCCACCGAAAAGCGACAAGCCUACUAUGGACCACGCCCCGGACAACAGCAGCAACAGCAAUGCAGUGGACGUCAGGUGUGUUGCCGCCGUCCGGUGUACCGUAAUCCUCCGAACCAGAACCUGGGCAAGUGCGGUGUUCGCAACGCGCAGGGCAUCAAUGGACGUAUCAAGAAUCCGGUCUACAUCGAUGGUGACAGUGAGUUCGGCGAAUACCCAUGGCAGGUGGCCAUCCUGAAGAAGGACCCGAAAGAAUCGGUUUACGUCUGUGGUGGAACUCUCAUCGAUAACCUGUACAUUAUUACCGCUGCUCAUUGUGUGAAGACUUACAACGGGUUUGAUCUUCGAGUUCGACUCGGCGAAUGGGAUGUGAACCAUGACGUCGAAUUCUAUCCGUACAUCGAGCGGGAUGUCAUCUCGGUGCAAGUGCAUCCUGAAUACUACGCCGGCACGCUGGAUAACGAUUUGGCAAUCCUCAAGAUGGACCGACCGGUAGAUCUUACGAGCGCCCCGCACAUUGCACCGGCCUGUCUGCCGGAUAAGUUUACCGACUUCUCGGGCCAACGCUGCUGGACGACCGGUUGGGGCAAGGACGCGUUCGGUGACUACGGCAAGUACCAGAACAUCCUGAAGGAGGUGGACGUUCCGAUCGUCAACCAUUACCAGUGCCAGAAUCAGCUUCGCCAGACUCGCCUCGGCCACUCGUACAAUCUGAACCAGGGCUUCCUUUGCGCGGGAGGUGAAGAGGGCAAGGAUGCGUGCAAGGGUGACGGUGGUGGUCCGCUGGUGUGCGAACGAAACGGCGUCUGGCAGGUGGUCGGAGUGGUUUCGUGGGGUAUUGGAUGCGGUCAAGCCAACGUGCCCGGAGUGUACGUUAAGGUGGCCCACUACCUGGACUGGAUCAAUCAGGUCCGUGGACGGUUCUAA